UAGGAGAUAGCGCAGGCCAAGAAGCAAGGUAGCAGGAGCCGAGAACCAGGACGCAACUGCCACUCACCGAGAGGAAAGAAGGGUUGGCUGCGAAACACAGCGAGCGGAAGCCGCGGUUGGAGAUUGGUUUGGUUGGGCGAGGUGUCUCGAGAGGGAUAAAGCUUGCUGGAACAAGAUGAGCAGCACCGGAGCAGGGUACGACCUGUCGGCGACGACCUUCUCGCCAGAUGGGAAGAUCUUUCAGGUGGAGUACGCCACGAAAGCGGUAGAAAACUCGGGCACCGCCAUGGGAGUGCGCUGUAAGGACGGAGUGCUGCUCGCGGUGGAGAAGCUCUUAAUCUCCAAGAUGCUCGUGGCGGGAUCCAACAGACGCGUGCACGGGGUUUCAAAGCACGUGGGCAUGGCCGUCGCCGGCCUCAGCGCCGACGCCCGGCAGAUCGUGUACCGCGGCCGCGACGAGGUGGCGGGCUACAUCGAGAACUACGGCUCCCAGAUGCCGCCGUCCAUGCUGGCCGACCGGCUGGCGCAGUACGUGCACUACUUCACCCUCCACGGCUCCCUCCGACCGUUUGGGGCGUCGGUUCUUGUCGCGGGCUACGACGUGGAGCUGAAGAAGCACGAGCUCUACGUCGUCGAGCCGUCUGGGGUGAUGUACCGCUAUUUCGGGGCGGCCGUCGGGAAGGGGCGGCAGGCAGCAAAAACGGAGAUGGAGAAGUUGAAGUUCGACGACAUGACGUGCAAGGAGGCUAUGAAGCAAGUCUGCAAGAUUCUUCACGUGCUCCACGACGAGGCUAAGGACAAGCCGUUCGAGCUGGAGAUGUCUUGGGUGUGCGAGGAGAGCGGGUGGAAGUACCAGGCCGUGCCACAAGCGCAGGUCAAGGAGGCGGAGGAGUGGGCGAAGGAGUCCAUCGAGUCGGACGAGAUGGACGAUGACGAGGACUAAGAGUUUUUAGAUUUUGGAUGAAGGCUGACGAUCAGACCCUUCUUGCUUUCAAUCGAGAGGGUAGAUUAGGCUUGUUUUUGUUUUCGCGCACAUGUUUUUUCUUUUUUGGUAUCUUUGGCGAAAAUGAGCUUUGACCGCGGAGGGGCAGGAGAGUCGUGGCGAGAGGAGUAGACGACACCGUUUUUGGUGGUUGAAACACCCCCAGCGUUGCUGCUUGUUCGUAUGCCGUGGUCGUGCUGAUUGCCACUGGCGGGAGCGUUUUGGUGUGGCAGCACCGGCCUGGUAGCGUCUUGCGUGCGUUGCUCUCUUAACUCGCCGUGGUGAAGAUGCUGUCGACAACGCCACCUUAUUCUCGCAAUGUUGGUGUCAAAACCGACGCUAUUACGCAAGCAAACAUACGCAAAUCGC